UCAUGGAGUUAGAAGUCCUGAGCGUCCAGGGGGCGAAGCCCGACCAGGUCGUGUCCAUCCGCGCGGGGUCCCAACGGAAGCAGGCGGCGAUCUCCUCGUUGGGCCAGGGGACGCCUUUCCGCCUGGCUGGGAGCAACGGUUUCAAUCCCUUCCGCAUUGACAUUCUACAGCAGGUUGGCUCUACGCGGCUUGCCCUGAAACCUGGGGAAGGCACCUAUUCCAUCGACCUCAAAGGUGCUGGCUUGGACGGUGGCAACGUGAACGUGGCCUUUGCUGUGCGUAUGAAAGGAAACGACGGCAGCUUGCCACCCAAGAGACAAGCCUUCACGGACCAGCGCGAUGACAUGAAGGAGGAGGAUCGGCGUUUCGCAUCUCAGGCUGCACAGGCGAAGGAGUAUUUGGAGUCACACGAACUGCUCCCCUUUGUGCGAGCUCUUUUGCAGACGGUGAUCCGAGAUCGACCCAGCGAUCCCUACAACUUCAUCGCAGAUCAGUUUCGUUUGGCUGCCUCCGCCGUCAUCAAGCCCUGUCAGCCGCAGGCCGAAAGCAACGACGGCGCGGCUUUCAGUGAGCCACUGUUGAAGAAUGUCAUCCCCUUCGAGGCACAACCGGCGGUUUUUGCACCUGCCAACACGAAGGCGGAACACAACUUGCCCAUCUUUGCCCAGCGAGCCCCACCGAUCGAGGAAUCCAUUGAGCACCCUGAGCCGGCGGAGCCCGUAGAUGUUGAAAGCUUGCGCUUGCAAGUACGAGAUGCGCUGGGUCAGGCCGUCGAAGAUGGCCGACUCCAGAAGUUUAUGGAGGAGGCUGCAUCGCAGCCGUUUGCUGCGAAGGCAGAGCCCUUGGUUGUACAGCGUAAGUCACCGCCGCCCGCGCCCAAGGCGAAAAUUCUACCGGAAGCGUGGGGUGGCAAAACCGUGACCGCCAUGGAGGCACAGAUGGAGCUGGGAGAAGCACGCUUGGCCAGGAUGCCUGUCAGCAUCGAAGAGAAUGCGGUCGAGGAGGCCCAAGGGCCCUUGGAUGCCAUGAGCGUCGGCUCGCACGAAGACGAUCUGAAGCUCGCCAAGGCACAUGCCACGGGCCUCCCAGAGAGUUUUGACUUCCAAGCUUUGAACGUUGAGGAAGCAAGACAGAAGAGAGAGGAGACGACCACAAUGGACAGUGGAGAGGCGCCAAAGCAAAGAGAGGAGGCACAAGUCACCGACCUCCCAGUGAGUCCGACGACGGAGGAGGCACCACAGCAGCCAGAAGAGACGGCCAUCAGUGUGGCCAACAAAGAGCUUCUGAGACAAAUCAACCUGCAUCAGGAGGCACCACAGCAACCAGAAGAGACGACCAUCAGUGUGGCCAGUAGAAAGGAGCAUCCAGUCGUGGAUGCUGCGCAAGUCACUGACCUCCCAGUGAGUCCGACGACGGAGGAGACGCAGCCAAAAGAAGACACAAGGGCCAUUGACAGUGAGGCAAAUGACCUUCCAGUGAGUCCAACAGAGGAGGUGUUGCUUCCGGAGCGACUCGAAAGGCUGCGACAAAAGGCUCAAGAGGCCCUGCUUCAAGGCGCCCAGAGUGGUGAGUUGUGGAGCCUUUUGCAACGUCACGCCGCGCAGAAAGCGCAGUCAGAACUACUGGAGGCAGGAGAACAAGUCGCCUUCAAGGCGCCCUCAAGCAGCUUCAGCCCGAGGUGGAGCAAAUCCGAUGCUCGGAUGCGGCUGCCGUCCUUUCAGGGUGGCGAUUACGCAAUCCUCGACACAUUCGGCUGA